AUGAGCAACCAGCAGCAACGCCAGCAGCAACAGCAGCGGCAGAGCAGCAUGAGCAGCAACAGCAGCAUGAGGCAGCAGCAGCAGCAACGCAGCAGCAUGAGCAGCAGCAACCCACAGCAGCAGCAGCGGCAGCAACAGCAUGACAGCGCAGGCAGCAGCGCCAGGCAGCAGCAUCGCGGCAACACCAGGCAGCGCCGGGCAGCAGCAGCAGCGCCAGGCAGCAGCAGCAGCGCGAGGCAGCAUCAUAGCAGCAACCAGCAUGAACAGCAACAGCAGCGGCAGCAUGGCAACGCGGAGCAGCAGCAGCAUGAGCAGCAGCAGCAGCGGCAGCAUGAGCAGCAUAAGGGCAGCAGAACGGCAAGCAGCAGCAUGAGCAGCAACAACAGCGCGGAGCAGCAGCAUGAGCAGCAACAACAGCAUGAGCAGCAUGAAGACAGCAGCAGCAGCAGCAUGAACCCAGCAGCGCAGCAGCAGCAUGAGCAGCAGCAGCAUGAACGGCAGCAGCAUGAGCGGCAGCAACGGCGCAGACAGCAGCAGCAUGAGCAGCAACAGCAUAGACAGCAACAGCAGCGCGAGCAGCAACAGCAUGAACAGCAGCAGCAGCAUGAACGGCAACAGAUGAGCAGCAACAGCAACGCCAGACAGCAACACAUGAACGGCAACAGCAGCGACAGACAGCAUCAGCAGCAGCAACAACAGCAACAGCAGCAACAGCAGCAUGAGCAGCAACGGCAGACAGCAACAGCAGCAUAG